GUCUCAGUCGUCCGUCUGGAGUCGCGCCGGCCGGCCGGGCCGCGCGGCGUAAUACACGUUCCUCGUGCUCUUGUGAUUAUAAAUUUUAAUAAUACAAAAUUCCAAAAAAGUAAUAAUUAAAAAAAAUUAACCGCGUCUAAUCGAAAAUAUUUUUAGGCUAAAAUCUCCUCGACCCUCACUUUUUUGACCUAAACUGUUGGCAGUGGAAAAAAGUUUUUUGCGAAAUUUUUAAUAUUUACGUCGGUUACAUUUGUAAAGAGAUUAAAACUUUUGGCCGUUGAUGAGAAUAUUUUUAUUUAAAAUUUAUUUUUCUUAACUAACGAGCGAUCUCGAGUGCGCGAUUGAUGAGUACAUAAUAAUUAAUGUUAAGCGUUAUAUUAAUAUUAAGUAAUAGUAAUUGAUCUAAACUAUUGACUGCCACAAAUAUCGUCUGCUGUACUAAGUUAUUAUAUUUGGACUAUACUUGUGGUUUACUCGGACGUACAAACUUUUUGUGAUUCGAUAUCAAGAACUCUUCUCCCGGACCAAGACUUCUUUACCAUCUACACCUAAGCAGAACAUCUGACACCCUUGCGUGACAUCUUUACCCAUAUUUUAGAUCAACCGAAGGCUACGGGCAUAUUUCGCAGUGGAUAAGAUCUCAAAAUCAUAUUAAUGAGCGGGCAAUGCGGCGCGAGUAGCGCGGUGGGGUUCUACCCGCCGCCCGCCGAUCGGCCAAUCGUGGCCCGUCUUGCCUAUGAUGUCAUCGGAAGAGGAGGCCGAUUCUCCCUACUCGGAUAAACUGCUUAGGAAACAGAAGCGCGCCAGACAGCGCGUGGACGCCGGUGAGCCGCGCAAUUCUUACUCGACUCUCACGACGAACGGACUCGCGCCCGCGCGCGCCGCACACAUGAGCGGCGGACUUUACGGCGCCAUCUUCGAGGGCCGCCAACACUUCGGCCUCUUCGGCCCGGGCUACCCACCGGCCGAGAUGAUCAACGAACUCCUUGGGCGAACGCCCAAGCAGGAAGACGCUGGGGACGAAGCCUCAGGCGGCGAUAUCGCGCACCGAGUGCUGCGCGAUAUCCUACAGAGCCGCAAGAAGGAACUCCUGCGCCUUUCCCCGGACAAUAACAAUGUGCUCGCGAACAACAACAACGAUGAGCCUAAACUCAAGAUGUCUCCGGAGCGACCGCAGUCCCGGGACUCGCGACCAGACUUGGACGACGCGCUGCUGGCGCUCGACAGCGCCGGCGACUCGCGAACCUCUCCGCUGCCCACGCAUCCCUCGCAGGGCUCCGAGCCCCUGCUCGCGCCCAAGUCUGAACCUGAAGAUCGUGAUAGUGAUGCUCAACGUUCUUCACCGCGACCGCUUGAUGUGAAACGUGCUCGUGUUGAGAACAUAGUGUCGACAAUGCGGUCGAGUCCCGCGCCGCAGCCGCCACAGGUGAACGGCUGCAAGAAGCGGAAGCUGUAUCACCCGCAGCAGCACGACGGCGCACACGAGCGCUACGGCACCAGCCACGGCAGCAGCGCGCAGACAGUCUCCGACGAGUCGGAGGACGACGCUGACAGACCGCCGCCCAUCGAAAGAAAGUUAGUAGAAAAGAAUGCACUAAAGUCACAACUUAGGACUAUGCAAGAACAACUUGCAGAAAUGCAAGAAAAAUACAUGCAGUUAUGUAAUCGUAUGGGACAAGAAUCAGAGACGAAUGACAACGAUGGUGCUUCUAGUGAUGUAGAACAGAACGAUGACCCUGUACCCAAGUCUGAGCCCGCGUCGCCCGCGAAGGAGGUGCCUCCGCCUAUACCUAACAGUGUCGCGCCCAACAUGCUGUCGCAAGUAAUGAGCAAGAUGAUGUCUGCUAAGAUGCACGCACACGCAGUGGGUCACCCGCACCUCCCGCCCGGCUUCAACGGCGCGCUGCCGAUGAUGCCGCACCUGCCGCCCGAGCACAUGCACGCGCCGCAUCCGCACCAACACCUCAACAAUGCGGCCGCCAUGUACCUUAAUGUUAGUCAAAAGCUAUUCCUAGAACAAGAAGCGCGCAUGAAGGAAGCCGCUGAACAACAGCAGCAGCAGCAGCAGCAACAACAACAACAACAAAAUAAGCAGCAACAAAGGCCGCAAUCUAAUCAACACUCGCCGCAGCAGCGACAACUCGGGCCAACGCCAAAGCCUCCGCUAUCGUCAGAGCUAGCCGAGCGAUUAGAUGCGCUCCGCAGCAAUGCGGGCUCAGUGGGCCCCGUCUCAGGGGCGGACCUUGAAGGAUUAGCUGAAGUGCUCAAAAGUGAAAUCACAGCGUCCCUCGCCAGCCUCAUCGACUCAAUAGUGACGCGCUUCAUGCAUCAGCGACGUGUCAUGGGCAAGCAGUCCGAGGCGGCGGCAGCGGCGGCCGAGCAGCUCAACAAAGACAUCAUGAUAGCGACGCAGAUGCUCGACAGAAAGUCGCCGCCAUCGAAGCCACCGCAGAGGCCAUCAGGGCAAAUGUCAGGUAACCAACCCGUCCAUCACCCGGGAGCGCCGAAUGGCGUCCCGUCGUUUCUGACACAUAACCCUAUGAUGAUGAGCCAGAUGAACGGCCCCCGCGCGCCCAGUGGCGCGUCAUUCUCGAUGCACGCCGAGGCGAGCGGGCCGGGCCACGGUGCUCACAUACGGCCUCCCACAGGCAUGUUCCAGACGCCGCCGAAACCGCUCGGACAGCUGUACAUGAAUGGACACUUCGACCGGGAACCCAACCCUGAACAAAACGAGGCCCUGAGUCUAGUCGUCACACCUAAGAAAAAGCGGCAUAAGGUAACAGACACGCGGAUUACGCCUAGAACUGUUAGCCGAAUUCUGGGAGAAGGCGUGGGCCAGUCGCCGGAGAGCAAGUUCCCCGAGUCGCCGUCGCCGCGGCCAUACCCCGGGGGUAUGGCGGGGCUGCCGACGCCGGUAGCCAUCCCUAACCCCGCGCUGCACGAGAGCCAGGUGUUCUCACCGUACUCGCCGUUCUUCGGCGCGGGCGGCGGGCUGGCGCGGUCGCCGCCGGCGGCCCCGGAGCGCGAGUCGCCGCCGCUGCCGCACGCGCCGGCGCUGCUGCACCCCGCGCUGCUGGCGCACCACGCCUCGCCGGACUACCUGCGCCACCACCACGCCAACGUGCCGCACCACGCGGGCGCGCCGCACCACCCGCUCAUGGACGCGCAGGACCCGCACUCCGACUGCAACUCCACCGACCUGCCCUACGACGGAGUCCAGCCUACUUCCUCAACAUUGACGCCGAUGCACCUCCGCAAGGCGAAGCUGAUGUUCUUCUGGGUGCGGUACCCAAGCUCCGCAGUCCUGAAGAUGUACUUCCCCGACAUCAAGUUCAAUAAGAACAACACGGCGCAGCUGGUCAAAUGGUUCUCCAAUUUCCGGGAAUUCUACUACAUCCAGAUGGAGAAGUAUGCGCGACAGGCCAUCAGCGAAGGUCUGAAGACGGCGGAGGACCUGCAUGUAGCUGGUGACUCCGAGCUGUACAGGGUUCUCAACCUGCAUUACAACAGAAACAACCACAUUGAGGUGCCACCAAACUUCAGAUAUGUGGUUGAACAGACACUACGAGAGUUCUUCCGCGCCAUCCAAGGCGGCAAGGACGCGGAACAGAGCUGGAAGAAGUCUAUCUAUAAGGUGAUCUCGCGACUGGACGACCCAGUGCCCGAGUACUUCAAGUCGCCGAACUUCCUCGAGCAGUUGGAGUGAACGACAAAUCGACGCGACGCACAUUGUUUCGGCAAAAAACUAAAUUAUAUUUAAAAAAAGAAAGAAAAACAAAUCAUUGGACGAUUGUUUCGCACACCAAAAUUUUACGACACUCGCAUUUAGGCCUUCAGAUUCAAAAUUAUUGAUAAAAAAAGUUAAAUUAAAUUAUUAAAAGAAAUUUUGGAUUUGUACGUUGGACGUCGAGUGGCGCGGUCACCGCCGUGCCACAAAUAACGCUCUACUAGAAAAUUCAUUAGGUUAUUACGAGUAAGAGAAAAUUUAAGUCACCUAGAAUUUUAUUUCUGCACAUAAUAUAUUUCGCUAUAUAUAAUUAUUAUUAUAUUAUUAUUAAGUAUUAUCUUAAAAUGGUUUUUAUAGUUGUGUAUAUCUUAAAAUCAUUUAUUGAUUUAUUAUUUAAGGAAAAAAACGAUUAAUAUAUUAACUGCUUAAGUUUUGA